CCCACCGACAUAAUGUUUUUUAGUAGUGUCGUGUGCAAAAGAGUAUUAUUUUGCGACUUGGUAAAGACGUUGAGCGACGUGCGGAGAGAAGGAAGUCGGUGUUGGUUGGAGGAAUAAGGGUUUUUGUUGGUGUUAGAAUGAGUGAUAAGUGUUAUAAAUGUAAUAAGCCAGGCCAUUUUGCCAGGGAAUGUCCAGAUGGUGAUGGUGGUGGCAGAAGAGGUGGUGGUGGUUACCGUUCCGGAGGAGGCGGUCGUAGUGGAGGAGGAGGAGGUGGUGGAGGGCAGCAAUGCUACAAGUGCAAACGUUAUGGGCAUUUUGCUCGAGAAUGCAAGAUGGAAGGUGAUCGAUGUUACAAAUGCAAUAAAGUAGGGCACAUUGCCAAGGAAUGCACAGAGGAACUAGAGGAAGGUGCCUGUUAUAACUGUGGCAAAUCUGGUCACAUGAAGAGAGACUGCCCCGAGUCAAUGAGAGGUGGAGGUGGUGGCGGCGGCGAUGGCUGCUACAACUGUGGAAAAUCAGGUCACUUGGCUAGAGAUUGUCCAGAAGAACGUAGUAGCCGCGGGGGAGACCGGGGAAUUGAUGACCGUAAAUGCUACAAUUGUGGAAAAAGUGGUCACCUGUCGAGGGAUUGUGAUAGUAGUAGUAAUAGACGUGGAGGUGGAGGUGGCAGUGAUCGCGGUGGUCGUGAUGGUGGGAUGGACAAUGUAGAAUGUUACAAGUGUGGAGAAAUGGGUCACUUUGCCAGAAACUGUUCUGGAGGAGGUGGUGGUGGUGACAGGAAUGCUGAUGUCAAGUGCUACAGAUGUAACGAGUACGGCCACUUUGCUCGUGAAUGUGAUCAAUAAUCAUGACAACACUUGAGAGGAGGUGUUUUGCGUCAUGUGACCGUUCCUCCUGCAGCCCCAAGUUUAGUAAAUGAAAACCGACUUGGGGAUAAAUUUUGUAAAUGUAAUAUUUGGUAGUGGCAUAGACCCAGGUGUAUUGUGGAUGGGUCUCUUAAUUUUAUUUUAACAAUCUUCAAGUAGAUUUGAUUUUGUUGUUUUUCUCAAGGAUUGAGUAUUUGCAUUAUAAUUAGAAUGAUCACUAUUCAACAUUAAGCUAGAUAUAACAGAAUAUUAAGUUCAAAAUGAAGGAAUUCAGAGAGUUGAGUGAAAUUGAGAGUUUUUGGGAACAAUAUUACAUGAAGCUUAUAAAAUUAAAUAUGUGCUGAUGUGAUCACACAAACAGUGUGUUCUUUGUAGCGAUAUUCUUUUUUUUUUUUUUUUCCUUGACGAAUCAGCUGAUGUGUUGUGUAGUUUUCAUAUUGUAAAUAAUUAUUUUAUAUUGUGUAACUCCAAAGUUGUGUAGAGAGAAGGUUCCGAGAAGGAAACAUCAUUCCAUAUUAAUCAUCUUGCAUUGCUGUUCCCAUUGAUUUGCUGGAUAUUCUGUGUUAUAAUUAGUGGAGAUGUUGAUUUCUGUCAAUACGCAGAUGAUAUUUCUGUCAAUACGCAGAUGAUAUGCAGGACUUUAAAUUUGCAUACACUGUACAUGUACAAAUUAGUACAAGUGGAUUUUUUAUAUAUCAAAAGUUGAAGUUGAAGGAGGGAGGUCAGAUCAUGUGUCAUACGUAAUUACAUUAAUUACAGAAUGAAAAUGAGUAAAAAAUCACAAGCGGUUAAAGAUUCUGUUGUAUAAAAAUUGUAUAUUUCAACAUGUGGAAAUUGGUUGGAAUUUUAACAAUGGCACCAGAUUUUAUUUUAGUUGUAUAAAAGAAGCCAAUGUUAAUUUGUUAUGGUGUCAUUAAGAUUUUUAAAUAGUUGUCGAGUGUUAAGAGGUGUUCCAAGUGAAGGAACUUUGUGGAAGCCGUCCAUGAUUAUUUCAGGUGGAAGUAAAAAGAGGUUCCAGGGUUAAUAUAACUUAAUAUAUAUACAAGGCAGCUUGGGUUCCCUUAAAAGCAGAAGGGACAAGUUUAUAGUAUUAGAGAGUUCUAUUAUUAUCAGCAUUUAAAAACUUGUUUUUAUUAGAAAGGCAUUAGUGAAAUGUAGACAUCUAUAUUUCAUAGUACCUAUAAAUAGAACUUUGAUGCUGAAGUGCAAAAUGUUAAGGCUUGCCUGUACCAAGUACAGAAUAGCAUGUUUUGUUAUUUUAUCACUCUUUGUUAUUGUGUUCAGCAUUUUGCAUUUUUAGUAUCAAUACAUUUUGUUUAUUGCUUUGUUUUUUCUUAAAGCAAUAUUGUUCGGAUGAUAAGUAUCAAAAAAGAAUUUUUAAUGGAUAUAUAUAUAUUCAAUACAAUGUAGUUAUGCCUAUUAUUUUUUUUUGUAUUGUCUUGAACAUUACAGUUCAUUUAGGAAGGUUAAAGGAAACUUGAUCCAUGAUAUAUUUUUUAAAGAAACAAAGUGCACUUUAAAAGUUAAUAUAUGGAUCUGCCUAUGGAAAACUAUGCAUUGUCUUCCUGUUUAAGUUGAGGUGGUUAUGAGGAGAUGUCUCCUUUCAAAGGAGAAGAGUUGCAUUUAUGUACAAUAACUUGAUAUUCAUAUCAGCUCAUUUUUAUUGUCAUUCAAUGAUUCAUUUUAUAAUUAAUCGCCUUCAUUGAGUUAUUGUAUAUGAUUUGCAUUGAAAAGGACACACAUAACAUCAUUUAGUAACACAUUUGCACUUUAGAUCAGAAUUUUAUGACCUGAAUGUACGUGUUGGCUUGAUUUUGCAAAGGGAAGUGCUAUGUGUGUCCUUUCCAGACCUACUUAAAGGCAGCUUAAUUAAAUCAUGUUGUCGCAGUGGAGUUCGUGAAGGAGUAUUUUGUACAUAUAUUUGUUAAUUUUUUAGUGUCAAUAUCUGAACAAAGUAUAAAAUAAAAUUUAACUGAAAGAUUUUUUGAUCGGUGUCACGUGAAGAAUUGGGUGAAAAAAAUUGAAUGAAAUUUAAAAUGUGAAAAGGGUCAUUUUAAAGAAAAUGUGAAAGUUAACUUAAUACAGUUAACUUAAUACAAGAGAAAAUGAAUUGGAUAUUUAAAAAUUGUGAACAAUUGUAAAAUUAAAAUGCUUAACUGUGGAUUUUAGAACAAAUAAAGAAAAAUGAGUUCAG